AUGUGCAACGGGAACGUGAAGUUCAAGCAGAAACAGCAUGAGGUACAAGCGGAGCCCGGCCGCACUAAGGUGGCUGACAAGGUUGCCUACCUCAUGGGUCUCUACGCCGCUGAGCUGCUGAAGGUGCUGUGUUAUCCUCGAGUUCAGGUUGGGAAUGAGUAUGUGACCAAAGGCCAAACACCUCAGCGGAAAGAGCUUCAGAAGCUGGAGAACCGGGUUCGAGACUUGGAAAACGAAUUGGAAGCGGAGCAGAAACGUGGCUGCAAAGCCAUGAAAGGAGUGCACAAAUACGAGAAGAAGAUCAAAAAAAGCAUACAUCCUUCUCCUGUGUUUCAGGGCGAGGAAGAAAAGAAGAACGUGACGAGGCUUCAGGAUUUAGUCAACAAGCUGCAGCUGAAUGUGAAAGGGUACAAGUGGCAGUGCGAGGAGGUCACUGAGGAACAGACCAGCAUCAACAUGGCAAAGUUCCGGAAGGUGCAGCAUGAACUGGAGGCAGCCGAGGAGCGAGCGGACAUCGCAGAGUCUCAGUUGAAUGAACUGCGAGCUAGGAGCCGUGACAUUGUUGGCAAAGUGGAGUAGAAAACUGCAUGCUUCAUCUUAG